UCAUCGCGUUUCCAUCCUCUUAUCCAAUCAACAUCGACCUAUGCCGGCAGAAAAAAAGGACCAAUCACCGCUCGGUCUUAUCCGCAAGACCCGCCCUCCGCGAGAAGGAAGCUGAGUUCGUCAAAAAUGAGUUACCAGUACGGACAGGGCUAUCCGGGACAAACCGCACCCACGGCUCCACACCCCUCUGCCCCAUAUGGAGGUGCAGGAGUCCCACCAGGAGGCCAAUAUGGACCUGGACCAGGACCAGGUGGGCACUAUAGACCUGGACCAGGACAAGGUGGGCACUAUGCACCCGGACCAGGACAAGGUGGGCACUAUGCACCCGGACCAGGACAAGGUGGGCACUAUGGACCAGGACAAGGUGGUCACUAUGCACCCGGACCAGGUGGUGCUCCAGGCGGUUACGGUGGACAACCUCAUGGUGCUCCUUACAGGCACCCUGCUCCUUCAGGCAACAUCCCUCCCGGUGUGAACCCUGAGGCCCACCAGUGGUUCCAGAGUGUGGACACGGACCACAGCGGCUUCAUCAACUUGAAGGAGCUCAAGCAGGCGCUGGUCAACUCCAACUGGUCCAAUUUUAACGAUGAGACGUGCCUCAUGAUGAUCAACAUGUUUGACAAGACCAGGUCAGGCCGCAUGGACCUCCUGAGCUUCUCGGCCUUGUGGGGCUUCUUGCAAAAGUGGAGGGCGCUCUUCCAGCAAUAUGACCGGGACCGCUCCGGAGCUAUCAGCGGCACGGAGCUACACCAAGCUCUCGCGCAGAUGGGCUACAACCUGAGCCCCCAGUUUUCCGAGUCCCUGGUACGGCGCUACAGUGUCCACCCGGCACGUCCCGGCAUCCAGCUGGACCGCUUCAUCCAGGCGUGCACGCAGAUGGAGAGCAUGACGCAGUUCUUCAGGGAGAAAGACACGAGCAGGACGGGCAACGUGCGCCUCAACUACGAAGAGUUCCUAUCGGGCGCCGUCACCAGGCUGAUGUGAAGUCGUCGGGACGAGCCUCUGUGCACACGGUACACCUGGCAGCUUGUUGCUACGGAUACUUGACACCAAAACAAGGCGGGACGGGCGAAGUAGUGCCUUUGUCAGCGGUGGAACAAUUAGUCUUGAUUGUACCUCUAACACAUGCACUCAGUAAACAUACUCUCCAGUAUUUUGCAUUAGUUAGUGAAAGAUAAUUACAUUUACAUUAUAUAUGGGAAUUAAGCUGUUUAUGCUGCAAAGGUCAAGUUAUAUGAUCCCGAGUAGAGAUCGACCGAUAUUUGCAAAAACUUUUUUUUUUUAUCAGUAUCGGCCUACAUCAGCAGAAAGAAAAUACGAUAAAUGUAAUUAAAAAUGUAUAGUUAGUGAAGUAGAUUGCAAUAACCACUGCUCAAGCACCAGCCUUUUUUUUAAGGAAUAAAAAAGUUGUAUUCAUUUUAAAAAAAAUGGCUGUCAUUGUCAGUAAUUCUCCCCAAAUAUGGUUUGAUAUAAGACAGACAGGAUAUUUGGGUUGUUGUGCAACAUGUCGCUAGCGAGCCGAGGUUUCCUAAAAAAAUAAUGUUUAAAAAAAAAAUAAAAGACUUUAAGCCCUGUCCAACUGUUUAUUCACGUAAACAGUUCAUGUUUAAAUAACUUUUCCUGCAAAUGAAUAUCUGCUCCAAAUGUCAGUUAUCAGCUUCCUUGACCGCUAAUAAUCUGUAUCGGUCGAUCUCUAUCAUCCCAAGCACCUAAUAGAACCUUUUUGCAACUGGAAAGCGAGUUUUUUGUAAUACCUCUGAUUACCUGCAAAAAUACCCCCUCUGUUUAUUUUGAUAAGUAAAUUGUAUUUUACAUUCCACUGUGAUAUGCCAAAUGUAUUUUUUUUUUAUCGUCAAAAAAAAUAAAUUGCUCUGGUGUA